GUGAAGUAGAGAUGAUGCUGGGAUUGAGAUAAGGGCAAACAUCAAACCUACACAUGAGCUCUUUCCUCUCUGAUCAAAACAACAUGUUGAUUAUGCUAAAGGUGGAUGGAAGUUGGGAUGAAUCCUAUGUUUUCUGUAAUAAACGAACUUGUGGUCUCAUAGUUCCAGAUGAGACAUUAUAUGUUCGUUUUAUUGCUUUGGUGUACAUGCAUUGGUUCAUUUGCUAUGAAUGAAAAGUUGAAGAUCAGUUAUUUGGUUGAAGAAUGUCCUCCCCCAGUGGUUGUUAAUGAUGAUUACAGUUUGUGCUUUUAUUUGGCUCUUAAAAAAUCACAACCUGAUUAUGCCAAGUAUCCUUUGUGUGUUGAGUUGUUUCCACUCUCUGUGUCUACUGCUUCCCACUUCUCUUCACAACUUCCUGCAUUUGAUUUAAAUGUGGCUGCAAAUGGUGAAUUUGAUGAUCUUGAAGACACUUCUAUCAUGCAUCAUCACACAUUUCACAUUUCUUCUCCUCAAAAUGAAGAUAUGUCUUUGGAUAUGUAUGCUACAAAUGCUGAUAUUUCAGUUGAGUCUGAUAUUUCUGGUUCUAGCAAUGCAGUUUCUUCACCUACAUCUUCAGGCAGUGAAGAUCUUGCUGUUAAUGAACACUUUGAUUUAGACUAUUUUCAUGAUUUUCAAGAUAUUCAAGUAAUCUGUCACUUUCAUCCUACUCGUAUUGCUAAAGAUGCUAUCUACCAGGAUAAGAAAUCAUUAGCCCAUCAUUUGAAGAUGUAUGCCAUUUCAAAUCUUUUCCAAUAUCAAACAAAGACAUCAACUAGAAAAGUCUUGCAUGUUGUUUGUGUUGAUGAUGAGAAUUGUGAUUGGGCUGUACGUGCAGUGAGGUUGAGUGGAUCUCAAAUGUUUCAAGUAAAAAGAUUUGAUUCUGUGCAUACAUGCUCACUUGAUGUGAGACAAGGUCCCCACCGCCAAGCUACCACAGAAAUUAUUGUUGAACUCAUCAAACACAGAUAUGCGGAUGCAUCUAGAAAACCUUAUGCUCCGAAAGAUAUUAUUGUUGAUUUAAAUAGAGAUUAUGGUUUGACUAUACCUUACAAGAAAGCUUGGCUUGCAAACAAGAAAGCUCAAGAAAAGUUGAUGGGUUCAGAUGAGCAAUCAUAUCAAUUGUUACCCUCCAUGGCUUAUGUUCUUAGAAAGAAACAUCCUGGUUCAUUGAUUUUGUUAGAUGUUAGGGCACAUAAUCGGUUUAAGUCUUUCUUCAUGUCGUUGAAUGCAUGGAUGGAAGGCUGGAAACAUUGUGUUCCGGUUCUUAUAAUUGAUGGCUCAUUUAUGAAAGCGUAUUACAAGGGUACUCUAUUGACUGCAUGUGGUCAAGAUUCUAACAACCAGAUUUUCCCUUUGGCUUUUGGUGUGUGUGAUACUGAGCGAAGGAAAACAUGGACUUGGUUUUUUAUGAAACUGAAGGAGUGUCUUGCACAUAGGGAGGACAUGUAUAUUGUUUCAGAUCGUCACGAUGGUAUUAUACAUGCAGCAAAAGUGGUGUUUCCGCAUGCUGAACAUGGCUACUGUGCGUACCAUAUCCUAGGGCUGCCACUCCUGCUCAAUUUGAAGAGUAUAUGGCUUUAUUAGAUGCAGAAGAUCCCCGUAUCCGUGAUUAUUUGAAUGAAAUAGGUGUUGAGAAAUGGGCUCGCUGUUUUGCUCCUCGUUUUAGGUAUUCUAUAAUGACAUCUAACAACGCCGAGUCAGUGAAUUCAGUGGACCGUGUGCCUCGUGAGUAUCCUAUAGCAAAAUUGAUAGACUUCUUGCGGGGAAGGAUGCAAAAAUGGUUUUGUGAACGUCGUGAUUCUUCAUCAAGUUGUAAAACAAUUCUGUCUGACCAUUUUGAAUCUCAACUUCGUUCUUAUCAUGCCGAGGCAGCUCUUAUGAGUGUCAAUCCUGCUAGUCAAUAUGAAUUUGAAGUGGUGGACAAAACAUCCAGAAGCUUUGUUGUUAAUCUGAAAGACAAAACAUGCUCAUGUUGUGAAUUUCAACUAGAUCACUUUAUAUGUGUACAUGGAGUUGCAGUUGUAGGUCAUCGUCGAGGUUUAUCGUGCUAUGUUUACAUCUCAAAGUUUUAUUUCACACGUGAGUGGGUUGCUGCUUAUAUAGGGGAAGUUCACCCUCUUGGUUCUCGGUGUGAUUGGGGUGUUCCUGCUUCUGUGGCAUCUGAAAUAUGCAAGCCACCUACAUGCCUCACACGCCAACCGGGUAGACCUAAGAAGAAGCGUAUUCCUUCAAUUGGAGAGUUUGGUUCCAGGCAGCGGUGUUCACGGUGUAAGAAAGGCGGUCAUAAUAAGAAGUCUUGCAGGAAUCCUAUCCCAGUCCGUGCUUCAUAGUUUUAUGUGCUUUUGUUUUUUUCCCUAAACAAGCAAUAAAUAAUUGAAAGACAUUUAUGCUUUAUUCAUCACUAUUGUUAGCUGCCACGAUUUGUUGGCAUUGUAUUCUAUGUUCAUUGGAAUAGUACUUUGGCGU